AUGGGCAAUGGGCAAGGAAAACCCGUCACACUCGACGGCGCAGUCAACCUCAACCACUUCCGCCUCUUGAGAGUAGUAGGUCGUGGUGCCUUUGGCAAAGUGCGCAUCGUCGAGCGCAAAGACACAGGACUCUCAUUUGCCUUAAAAUAUAUCCGCAAGGAUGAAGUUGUUAAAUCCGAAAGUGUGCGAAAUAUCAUCAGAGAACGCCGCAUGCUCGAGCACGUCAACCACCCGUUCAUAUGUAACUUACGCUACAGUUUCCAAGACAUCGAGUAUAUGUACCUCAUUGUUGAUCUGAUGAGCGGUGGUGACUUGCGUUUCCACAUCUCGCGGAAAACCUUCACCGAGGAGGCUGUUCGAUUCUGGAUCGCCGAGCUUGGCUGCGCCCUCCGCUAUAUCCACGGCCAAAAUAUUAUUCACAGAGAUGUCAAGCCUGACAAUGUGCUUCUCGACGCUGAAGGCCACGUUCACUUGACUGAUUUCAAUGUCGCAUCCGAUAUCGUCUCCGGACGAAUGCUCUCUAGUAAAUCGGGUACACUUGCAUAUCUUGCCCCCGAAGUCUAUGCAGGCCGCGGGUACGAUUGCCGUGCGGAUUGGUGGUCGCUAGGUGUUCUCUUCUAUGAGUGCAUCUACAAUAAGCGACCGUUUGAUGGCAACAGCGAGUCGACUCUAAGCCAACAAAUCCAGCACCAACUCCCGAAAUAUCCCGUAACACAGCCUCCCGUCUCCAUGACAUGUUUAUACGCCAUUGGCUCGGCUCUUGAGCGCAACCCAAAGAACCGUCUGGGCUCCACCUGGGAGAGUUUCAUCUACAAUGAUUUCUUCAGCGAGAUUGAUUUUGACCUUUUGGAAAAGAAGAUGAUUGAACCAAUCUUUGUCCCAUCAUCUGAAAAGACAAAUUUCGACGCAACCUACGACCUGGAGGAACUGCUCUUGGAAGAAGCGCCGCUAGAAGCUCGUGCGAGACGCCAAAAGCCCCGUGAGCGCCUAAAGGAGGACGCCACCAAGCAAGAAAUCCGUGAGGAUGAGCUUUACCGCAUGAUUGAGCGCGACUUCCGACCAUUUGACUACACCAUUGCCGCCUACGCCAAAAUUCAAGAAGACAAUGUAGACAUUACUACACGUUCUACAGCAUCGAAUGGUUCCGGCAAACGUUCGGCAGAACCCAUCGCUCACGCCGUUACAACAGACGAGGUUGAUACUAGCCCCCGAGCCAUCACUACGGACGUGGCAACGCCCGCCCCUCCCAAUGUCCCCGGUAUGCACAGAUCGUCCACCGAACCACGCCGCAGUGAUGAUACUCGCUUCAAUGGUUCCAUGCGUACCCCAACCUCACCACCACAAUAUGGCAACGGUUUCAGCGCCCCCAAGCACCGUGCCGUUACUGCCAAUGGCGGUAGAGUGACAAGCCCAACUGGUGGCAUGCAGGUGACCCUUGACUCCGGAGGCAGCUGGUCUGACCUCGCCCGCCGCGACUCUACCUUGCCUAAGGAUGCCAACACAUCGCCUGGUAGCAAGGCUGAAGCCUCUAGUGGCAUGUUUGGCUUCCUAAAGGGCAAGAAGGGCAGAACCCAUAGCCCCAAGCCCAAGGAGAGAGGUGUGCUUGGCAAAGAAGGCGCCAGAGUCGUUGUUGCAUAA